AUGGAUGUAAAGGAUUUUUCCGUCGAAGUAUACGAAAACGCCACAAUUAUGUGUGCCGGUUUAACAAAUGCUGUGAUGUCACAAAAAAAUGAACGCGAUGCCAUCGGUAAGCGACGAAAACCCGAAGUGGAAACUGAAGAGCUGCUCGACGAUUUAUUAAAGUCUGAAAAACUCUGUCAACAGUUGAGGAGUUCAGUGAUCAAAAGCACUGAGCAGGUGUCCUACGACUGUGGUAAAGUGAAGUCGUGGCGGAUUGAAGACGACCGUCGAGCGACGCUGGACGACGUCGGCAAAAGUAUCCAUCAACAAUUAGUACUACUGGUCGAAUGGGCAAAAUCACUACCGCAGUUCACCCGCCUCUCAAUGGACGACCAGGUAACGGGCGUCUGGCUAAUUUAG